AUGAUGAACGGAAAUUCGCGACGUAGGUCACCAGCCACAACUUUGCCUGCUAUAGAAACUUUGCAAAGAAAUAUUCGCAAAGUGCCCACGUAUUAUUCGAGAAAAUCCAGGGAUAUACCAUUUCAUUUGCCUCACAGAAAGUUGUUGGAUAAAAUUGAGUUUGUGAAACAACAACCAGAGCCAUUGACUGGAUUUGAUGCAGCCCAACAGGAGCGUUACCGGAAAGAAAGAAAAGAUAAACAAUUGGAGCCUAUCAAUUUAGACACCCUUGUCAAAGAGAAAAAGAAGAAAAUUCAGAUAAAGAUUGAACCAAGAAGACCAAGUAGUGAUCAAAAUAUUGAGAUGUAUGUGACCAGUGAUCCUUUGAAGGUCAAACCUGAGGUGGCCUCACAAAAAGAAGUAAUAGAAUAUGUGAGGAAAAAUCCAUCCUGUGGCUUCCUCUAUAUGAUAUACGCAGUACAUCCCGAAAACGUUUAUUUCACCCCGUAUUACCUUAAUGUUGUGCCAUACGAAGGUAUUGAUAAGAAGAAUUAUCUCACAAUCAGCCCGUGUGGAGUGACGCACUACACCAAUGAAAUGGUAUUUACUAAACUGCCGGACUGGGAACAAGAGUAUACGAUAUUUGUCAAGCUUACUGACAUCAAAUUUUUCAAAGUAUACAGAUAUUGGAAAGCUUUUUAUGUGUGGCGUAAGUCUAUACUUUUCCGGAAGUAUAGCAAAUUACGCAAUAAGCUUGCCAAGAACUUAUUCAUUCUGACCCCCGUGUUGGCGAAGGCUUUACUGAAUGUACAAGCCAUGUGCUGCGAAAUGUACAUGAAAACCUUUGCCGAUUUGUCCAGAGAUAUGGAUACGGCAUUCUUCUAUUUCAUUGAAGUGCAGAUGAAACGCGUCGAAUAUAUUCGCGAGAAACUAUUUGAAUUCCGGGCGGUGGUUCUAGACGUGGUGACUCAGGCUUGCCAUACAGCGUUGUUCCAGCAGGGCUUUGUGUUUGACGACCGCAACAUACCGCCCUUCCAGGUCAUCCGGGGGAAGCCAACUGGAGGCAUGUCUUACACGGAGAAGGCGAACAAGAGGAAGUACUGCGAACGAUUGGCCGCUUUCAUCAAACAAAUCGAUUACAUGACCAACUACAUGCUCUAUCGUCUCACGAAGCGGUCCAAUUCUAUGAUGGCGGAAAUGUUUCGAAAGCACGUGGAAUUCACGCCAGAAAAUGCCUUACUGGAGGGCACUGAAGUUGAUGAAGUGCUUGAAGUCAUACCAAGACCUGUUGAAACUUGCAAGUGGGCUCUAUUCCAAGUAGAUGCUUAUGUACAAGUUAGUGGCGAGGUCGAACUGAAUCCCAGUCAACAGGUAGUGACGACGUACAUGGAGCGAAUCACGGGCUACUGGGAUCAAUACGUGAGGACCUUCCACAACUAUCUCAAUGAGGAAUCUCUGCAGAUUUUCGUGCAACCAACAAUUAUGGGCAAGCAAGUGGAAUGGUCAGCAGGAGUAUCGCCAAACUUGUACUUCCUAAUGAAUCAGGACAAGAAAAUGCUAGACGAAAUAGCUUUUAUACCUUUCGCAAUCCAAAACGCAUACGACUGUGUGUGGCUUUUCCUUAAACGCAUGAAUGGCUUCAUGGACAAUUUUAGAGAAGCUCACGAGAUGAACAUUGAUAUUAUAAAACAAGAGAGAGAUGUGAUGCAAUUCAGGAUACUUUGCGAGAAGUUUAACAAGCAAAUAAAUGAGAUAGAGGAUGUUGUGAGCUACCAGCCGCUCGGGAUGAUAUUCUUGUGCUUGUGUCCAUUCCAAGAGUUGUUCAGGCCGCAGCCUAGGAGGCUGUUUGAUGUGGUAUCCACUACUACCCCAGACAUCGCGCGCAACUGCAUAGACGAAAUCCUGGAGGGUAUAGAUGCCAUAACGAACGACAUCAGCAAAGAGCCAGAAACAGCGGGUGAACUAGUUGCCUUCAACUUCAUGAUGGACGGGCUCGAAGGCAGAGUGGUCGGCCUCGAGGAAAGACUGGAGUAUCUAAGGGAACUCUAUGAUCUCAUGGGAGAGUUCAAUAUUCCCAUACCACCUGAUGAUAUGACUGAAUAUUUGGGUCUGAGUGUCGCUUUAGGCACUCUACGAACCAACGUGGACGCUCGCCUGGAAACGAGGUCGAAACUAGCCGGCUUGUUCGCCAGUCAGAUCGGCAAAGACAUCAUGGAUCUCAUGAUGGACGUCAACAAACUUAGGGACGAAGUCGCGGCGCCGUGGCUGUAUGAUGAAAAAUCUGAUAUGGAGAAAGUGAUGGAAACCCUCAAUGAUUUAGCGGAGAAACUUGCUGCUUGCUCGGCACGCGAGAAACAAAUACGCGACUGGCAGAAAAUAUUCAAGAUACCGCCAGCGAGAAUGGAAGCACUGGAUGAAGCUAUAAAUGAUGUGAAACUUAGACAAUCCUUAUGGAAAUCGUCUAAAGAGUGGAUUGACUUGUAUCACUCAUGGAACGAUGCACCAUUUAACACCCUAGAUAUGGAAGACAUACAGAAUACCACCAUUUCGUAUGGAAAGAUAUUCAAUCAACUUGACAAAGGACUCCCGGCUAAUAAGAUCCUACCUAAAUGCAAAGAAACCAUCGAUAUCAUCAAGGAAAAGAUACCAGUGAUGUCAUACUUACGUAACCCAGCGUUGAAACCGCGCCACUGGGUGAAGAUUGAGGAGAUCCUCCACACUCGCUUCACUCCAGAGGUCCAGAUGACAUUGCAGCUGUUUGAGGAGUUACAUGCUUUCCAACAUGCCGAAGAGCUGAUGGAAGUGGCUGGUCAGGCCAGCUCAGAAGCAGGCCUUGAGGCGUUGCUCAAGAAGGUAGAAGAAAUGUGGGCAGCUCUGGAGUUCCCAGUACUGUUACACAAGGACGCUCGCGAUGUCUACGUUCUGGGUGGUCUAGAAGAAAUUCAGGCCGCUCUGGACGAGAGCAACAUACACAUCGGCACCAUACUCAGUUCUAGGAACUGUGGCCCAAUAAAGAGCAGGGUCGAAGAGUGGGCCAAGAAUCUUGACUUGUUCGCGAGGACCCUGGAAGAAUGGUACGCAUGCCAACAAACGUGGAUAUACUUGGAGGUGAUCUUUUCUGCACCCGACAUCCAGAGACAGCUGCCCAACGAGACCAGACUGUUCACCAUUGUGGACAAGUCCUGGAAGGAUAUCAUGCGCAAAUUGGCCAAGGUACCAUUAGCGAUGCCAGCCGCGACCCAGCCAAAAUUGUACGAGGAAUUUGUACGCAACAACGAAAUGCUAGACCAAAUUAUGAAAUGCCUGGAAGCAUACCUUGAGACAAAGAGAGUAGCUUUCCCGAGAUUUUUCUUCUUGUCAAACGAUGAACUACUGGAAAUAUUGGCACAGACGCGCAACCCACACGCGGUGCAGCCUCACUUACGCAAAUGCUUUGACGCUAUCGCUAAAUUAGAAUUUGGAGUAAAAUUGCCGGAAAGCGAGAUGGAAAUAACAGAAGAUGGCACUUUGGUAGAGAAGGAGAUGUCCUUUCAAACUCGAGAUAUGUUGCAAGCCAAAUUGGCUAAAACUGCGUCUCCGGAGGACCUUACAACAGACAUUAUUGCUAUGUUGUCACCAGAAGGAGAGAGGGUUAAUUUGGGAAAGGGUCUAAAAGCUCGCGGCAACGUUGAAGAUUGGCUUGGAAAAGUUGAAGAAGCUAUGUUUGCGUCUGUAAAACGAUCGAUGAAACACGCUCUGAAAGACUAUAUGAUGCGGCCACGCGUCGAAUGGGUUGAACUUCAUCCUAAUCAAGUGAUCCUAACAGUGUCACAAAUAAUGUGGGCCAAAGGCGUUCAUGAAGUAUUCGAUCUUGAGUUACCACUUCGCAUAGACACGGGCUUACUUGACUACUUACGCAAAUGCGUGUCGGAUCUAAACGACCUGGCAGCGUUGACACGCAAAGAUCUGUCGUCUUUGUUCAGGAAAGUGCUUUGUGCAUUGAUUACUGUAGACGUACACGCCAGAGAUACGAUAGAGCAUAUGGUCGAGAAACAUGUGCAGCGAGCGGGCGAUUUUGAAUGGCUAAAAAUGAUCCGUUACUACUGGGAAGAGGAAAUAGACAACUGUGUCGCUCGCAUGUCCAGUGCUAUGUACAUUUAUGGUCACGAAUAUCUAGGUGCUGGAGGUGUAUUGGUGAUAACUCCAUUGACCGAUCGCUGCUAUUUGUGUCUAAUGGGGGCCCUUCAGCUUGAUCUGGGCGGGGCCCCGGCAGGCCCUGCCGGUACUGGGAAGACAGAGACCACCAAGGACUUGGCCAAAUCGCUCGCAAUCCAGUGCGUUGUGUUCAACUGCUCCGAAGGCCUCGACUACAAAAUGAUGGGUCGAUUCUUUUCUGGCCUGGCUACGUCUGGCGCUUGGUGCUGCUUCGACGAGUUCAACCGAAUUGACAUCGAAGUGUUGUCUGUCAUCGCCCAGCAACUUAUCACUAUAAGAAACGCGAAGGUCGCCAAACAGACCAGGUUUAUGUUCGAGGGUCGCGAGAUCAAGUUGGUGCGCACAUGCGCAGCCUUCAUAACAAUGAAUCCGGGGUACGCCGGGAGAACUGAACUACCAGAUAACUUGAAGGCCCUAUUCAGACCAAUAUCCAUGAUGGUGCCUGAUUAUGCUCUGAUCGCUGAGGUAAUUCUAUACUCAGAAGGGUUUGAAUCAUCGAAGGGUCUCGCUAAAAAGAUGGUGCAAAUGUACAAGCUGUCCAGUGAACAGCUCUCGAAACAGGACCACUACGACUUCGGGAUGCGUGCCGUCAAAAGUGUGUUGGUAAUGGCAGGAGCAUUAAAGCGAGCCAGCCCUGACCAGCACGAAGAAAAGACAUUGCUUUGCGCACUUAACGACAGCAACUUGCCAAAGUUCUUGGCGGCCGACGCCAUUCUCUUCGCCGGGAUAUUGUCAGAUCUGUUCCCCGGUGUGGAUCUACCUUUCAGGGAUUAUGGAGUGAUGGAGGAAGUUAUCAGACAAAUACUAUUGGAAAAGAAGAAACAAAUAGAAAUAUGCCAAAUCAGAAAGGUUAUCCAGCUUCACGAAACCAUGAUAGUUCGGUGGGGAGUUAUGCUUGUCGGUCCCACUGGGGGCGGGAAGACUGUGGUACUUCAUACAUUGGCCGACACGUAUACUCGACUCUGCGAAAACGAAGUCCCCGGCCCGCAAUACCAGUUUGUACGCAAGUACAUAAUGAACCCAAAAAGCUUGACUAUUGGCGAACUAUAUGGGGAGGUAAACCUUCAGACUCUCGAGUGGCAUGAUGGAAUCUUGCCUCUAUGUCUAAGAACCGCCGUGCAGUGCGAGAAACCCGACCACCAAUGGUUGAUAUGCGACGGGCCGGUAGACGCCGUGUGGAUAGAGAACAUGAAUACGGUGCUAGACGACAACAAGAUGUUGUGCCUAUCCAACUCUGAGCGAAUCAAACUUACGCCCUACGUGCAUAUGGUCUUUGAGGUAGCGGACUUAGCCCAAGCAUCUCCUGCCACUGUAUCUCGAUGCGGCAUGGUGUACAUAGAUCCCCAUGAAAUGGGAUAUCUUCCCUACGUAAGGUCCUGGCUGGAAGAAGGUGUAGAGAAGAACACAUUUAACCAGGAAAACUCGGAUUUCUUGUACGAACUCUUCCAAAUGCUUGAAAGCGGCGUAACUUUUGUAAAUACCAAGUGCAUCGUUGGUAUCAGACAGGUGGAUAUAAGCAAAGUGUCGGCUAUAUGUUACCUAAUGGGUGCUCUGCUGUCGGAACCAGGCGAGCGAUUCCCAGAUAAAGCGGCCAUCAAGACUUACAUUGCCCAUUGCUUCAUAUUCUGCUACGUAUGGUGUAUAGGAGGUAACAUUCUGGAGAGUAACAGGAAGGCCUUUGAGGAAGUUAUCAAAAGGCAGUUUGAGAACUUUGAGGAAGCUGAAUACUUUCCGCAAGGGUUCAACUUCUUCGACAUGUUUAUGGACACGAAACAGCGCAGAUUGAAAGUGUGGGCAGAGAUAAUUCCGGAGUUCCUCUACGACUGCAAUCGGCCAUUUUUCGAGACCUUGGUGCCAACCAUAGACACCGUUCGCUAUGGGUACCUGUUCGACAAACUGCUAGGAACUGGCAAGCCUGUCAUGUUUACUGGGAAUACAGGUGUCGGCAAGACUUGUAUUGCAGCUGAAGUACUGAAUAGAAUGUCUGCUACAGGAUAUUACAUUCCCGUCAUUCUCAACUUCUCAGCACAGACUAGCAGCUCUCGUACGCAGGAAGUAAUCGAGCUUCGCUUGGAUAAGAGGCCGCGUAAAGCCAUUGGCGCCCCGCUCGGAAAAAAAGUGAUUAUAUUCAUAGACGACGUCAAUAUGCCGCGCCUGGAUGUCUAUGGCGCUCAACCGACUAUAGAACUUCUUAGACAAUUCUUGGAUUUCGGCGGCGUCUACGACCGGGACAAGCUCUACUGGAAGGAUAUCCUGGAUGUGGUAUUAUCAUGUGCGUGCGCACCGCCGGGCGGGGGGCGAAACCCACUCACCGCGCGGUUUGUGCGCCACUUCGCAAUGUUCUACAUAUCCGCGCCCAGCGCUGACGCUAUGAAGACUAUCUUCAAGGCUAUUCUUGGGGGUCACAUGGAGGAUUUUGUAACAGAAGUAUCUAUAUUAUGCGACCCCAUAGUGAAUGCUUCCGUCGACGUAUAUUUGAAGAUUUGCGCAGAAUUGUUGCCUACACCCGCCAAGUCGCACUAUGUGUUCAACCUUCGGGAUUUAUCUAAAUCCAUGCAAGGUGUAUUGCAAGCCAACGCGGCCUAUAUGAGAGCGCCACAGGGCAUGUUACGAUUGUUCUACCACGAGUGCUUGCGCGUAUUUCAUGAUCGCCUCAUCAACAUUCAAGACAAGAGUUACUUCUACCAUCUCAUGAGUACUGUCUGCACGAAGAACUUUCAGACGCCCAUUCUCGAGGUCCCUGACGAUCCCAUCAUCGAACAUCCACCGUUGCUUAUGUUCGGCGACUUCCUUAACUCCUCGAUCCCAAAAGAAAAUCGAAUAUAUCAAGAGAUUCCUGAUAUAUCGAAACUUAUGAUUGUUUUGAAGGAAUAUCUAGAGGAGUACAACUCGACGUCUCGUUCGGAGAUGCAUUUGGUGUUGUUCCAAGACUGCGUGGAGCAUGUGGUUCGAGUCGCCAGGGUGCUGCGAGCUGAACGUGGCCACUGCCUCAUGGUGGGUCCCGGGGGUUCCGGUCGAAGAAGCGUAGCCACCCUCGCCGGACAUGUCAAUGAAUGCAAGUGUAUGGGCAUGGAACUAAAGCGCAACUACGACACUCCCGAGUUUCACGACGACCUUCGCAAGAUGUACAUGCGCGCCGGUGUCAACUAUGAAGAUACGGUGUUUCUGUUCACCGACACACAGAUCACUAAAGAGGAGUUCUUGGAAGACAUCAAUAACAUGCUUAAUUCAGGUGAAGUGCCGAACCUUUUCGAAGGGGACACGUAUGAGCAAGUCCAGACAGGUUGUCGCAACGAGGCGGGCAAGUCGGGAAUCAACCCCGCUGACAGGGAUGCAGUGUACUACUUCUUUAUCAACCGGGUGCGGGGGAAACUGCACCUUUGCAUCUGCAUGAGUCCGGUGGGAGAGGCCUUCAGACGCCGUUGCCGUAUGUUCCCAUCUCUGGUGAACUGCUGUACCAUCGACUGGUUCACCAAGUGGCCACCAGAGGCGUUGCUGUCGGUGGCGGAACAAUGUCUACAACCACUCGGUGAUCGCGACAUGAUACGGAAAAUAUCGCCACUCUGUGUUGCGAUGCAUGAGGACGUAGACAAAAUGACGGACAGGCUGUACAACGAGAUGCGCCGGUACUUCUACACGACCCCAAGCAGUUACUUGGCCCUUCUCACGUUAUACCUCGACCUGCUUGACAAGAAGCAGCAGCAGAUCAUACGAGGCAGAGACCGGAUAUCGUGUGGGUUACAGAAACUUUACGAGACCUAUGAAGUUGUGGGCGUGAUGGAGCAACAGGUUCGCGAUAUGGAGCCGAUAUUAGCACGAAAGGCGGAGGAGGGCAUAGCGCUGGUGAACCGCCUUAAGGUGGAACAGAAGGCGGCUGACCUUGUCAAGCAGGCAGUCAUGAAAGACGAGGCCGAAGCUAAGAUAAAAGCCGAAGAAGUGAAGGCGAUCGCAGACGAGGCCAAGGCCGACCUGGCGUUAGCGAUGCCAGCAAUGGAGGCUGCCCAGCAAGCCUUGAAGGCCCUCAACAAGGCUGACAUCAACGAACUGAAGGCCUUUCAGAAACCACCCGCCCUUGUACGCUUUGUCAUGGAGCCCAUUUGUAUAUUAUUUAAUGCUAAGCCUGACUGGGACAGUACAAAGAAGUUGUUAGCCGAUGUGAAUUUCAUUGGAAAGCUGGAAGAGUACGACAAGGAUCACAUUCCAGAUGCAACUCUCAAAAAGAUCAAAGUGUAUUUGGUUCAUAAAGACUUUAAUCCUGACACUGUCGUCAAAGUCUCUAAGGUGUGCCGUUCCAUGGUCCUGUGGGUGCAAGCUAUUGAUAUGUAUGCAAAAGUGUUCCGGAUUGUUGAACCAAAAAUCAUUGCGCACAAAGAAGCAGCAGCAGUCCUGAAAAGCGUGAUGGCCGUUUUGAGAGCCAAACAGAAAGAAGUGGAAGCUAUAGAAGCCCAAUUGGCCAAAAUGUUGGACGAAUUGAGGGUGGUAGAAGAAGAGCGUAUCAAACUGCAAGCCGACGUGGACCUGGCUGCGGCGCGGUUGUCCCGCGCUGGCAAGCUGACCCAGGCAUUGGCAGACGAGCAGACCAGGUGGGAGGAUAGCGUUAAGACAGCGACACACCAACUGUACUGCACUACGGGCGACAUAAUAGUCGCAUCUGGUUGCAUCGCGUAUUUCGGCGCGUUCCCGUCGAGUUUCCGCCGGGAACUGGAAAUCAAGUGGAUAAAGCAGUGCAGCGAAUUGGAAAUACCCUCCUCGGAUAGCUUUGACCUAAUCGCUAUAAUGGCGGACUCUUAUACGGUGCGGCAGUGGAACUCCCAGGGUCUACCUCGCGAUGCCGUGUCCACGGAGAACGGCAUCCUCGUGACCAGAGCGGGGCGAUGGCCGCUCACCAUCGAUCCUCAAGAACAGGCGAACAGAUGGAUAAAGAAUAUGGAACGAGACCAUGGGUUGAUGAUCACGAAGUUGAACGACCCUUCGUACCUGAGGGUUCUGGAGAACUGCAUCCGCCUGGGCUGGCCAAUGCUCAUUGAAGACCUGGGGGAGACGUUGGAAGCAACUUUAGCGCCGGUGUUACUCAAGCAAACCUUUUUGCAGGCUGGUCGUCUGCUGAUUCACCUGGGGGACAGCGACAUAGAAUACGACACGAACUUCAGGCUGUACCUCACGACCAAACUAGCCAACCCCCACUACUUGCCAGAGAUUUGUAUCCAGGUCACUUUAGUCAACUUCACCGUCACCCUAUCCGGCUUGGAGGACCAACUUCUGGCUGACGUGGUGAGACUGGAACGUCCGGAUCUGGAGUUGUUGCGUACGGAGCUGAUCGUGCGCAUCAACGCGGACAAGGCAACGUUGUUGGAGAUCGAGGACAAGAUUCUGAGGCUUCUGUACGCCUCCUCCGGGAACAUUCUAGACGACGAGGAGCUCAUUGAGACGCUCAACGAGAGCAAGGAAACGUCAGAAAUAAUAAAUGCUCGUUUAGAAGAGACCGAGGCGACUGAGAUAAGCAUAUCGGCGGCUCGAGAGAAGUACCGCGCCGUGGCCACCCGCGGCGCCGUGUUAUACUUCGCAGUCGCCCAACUGGCUGAUAUCGACCCCAUGUAUCAGUUCUCGCUCAAAUAUUUCAACCAAGUGUUCAACUUGGUAAUAGAAAAGAGCGAGAAAUGUGACGUUCUUGAAACGAGACUGCAAAUACUUUACCGGGAGAUCACGUUGUCCGUGUAUAGGAAUGUUUCCCGAGGCCUGUUCGAGAGGCACAAGUUGGUAUUUAGCUUUUUGCUGAACAUGGCUAUCUACCUGGACGCGGGCAUCGUACGACCCGAUCAGUGGAACUUUAUUCUGCGGGGUCCAGCAGGCACUAAAACGGUGCCUCCUAAGAAACCACUAAUAGAGACAUUAUCUGACGCAAUGUGGUUAUCAGCUAAUCAUUUGCAAGAAAAUGACCCAAGUUUCGUGGGCUUGGUUGAAGACUGCCUCAAAAAAAUACCGAUAACUUUAGGAUCAUUCAGCGUGGAUAUUCACGUGAAUCUCAAGGAAAAAGGUGUUCCUAAUACCAAUUGGAAUGAGAAGCUGACACCGUUUGAGAAGUUGAUGAUAAUAAAGUCCUUGAAAGAGGAGAAGUUGGUGUUCGCCAUUGCGCAGUACGUCAGCACUAGCCUAGGAUCCGUUUUUAUUGAAAGCCCAACUGUCCAGUUAAACACUCUCUAUGCAGAUACUACAAAUAUAAUUCCGUUGGUAUUUGUAUUAAGCACGGGGUCAGAUCCCUUUGGAGCAUUUCAAAAAUUCGCAACAGAAAUGGGAAUGCGCGAACGAGUGCGAUCUAUAUCAUUAGGUCAAGGGCAAGGGCCAGUGGCAGAAAAAAUGAUAAAUAUAGCUAAACCAAAAGGAGACUGGGUUUUCUUGCAGAAUUGCCACUUAGCAGCAUCGUGGAUGCUUAAUCUAGAGUUGAUAGUGGCAAACUUAGGAAAUGAACAAAGUUUACCUCAUAAUGACUUCAGGCUAUACCUGAGCUCAAUGCCAACCCCAAAGUUUCCCGUGUCAGUACUGCAAAAUUCUGUCAAAGUUACAAAUGAGCCACCAAAAGGGUUGAAAGCUAAUGUUAAACGAGCCCUAAUAGAAAUGGAAGAAGACUUUUUUGAAAAUCAUGUUCUUGGUCAAGAUUGGCGAACAAUGUUAUUUGGUAUUUGCAUGUUUCACGCUAUUAUUCAAGAACGAAAGAAAUUCGGGCCUCUGGGUUGGAAUAUAACGUAUGAAUUUAAUAACAGCGAUCGCGAAUGUGCCAUGCUGAAUCUUCAAAUGUUUUGCGAAGAGGGACGUAUACCUUGGGAUGCUUUGGAAUAUAUAACGAGUUCUAUAACGUAUGGUGGACGUGUGACAGAUAUGUGGGAUCAACGUUGCCUCACUACAAUUUUGAAAUUGUUUUUUUCUCCACCCAUUUUAGAAGUCGGUUAUACUUAUUCAAAGUCUGGUAUUUAUUACUGUCCUGCAGCGGAAAAAUUAGAAGAAUACCGCGAAUACAUAGAGACUUUACCAGUUAUUGAAAGUCCAGAAGUAUUCGGAAUGCAUGAUAACGCCAACAUAGCUUUUGAGAACAAAGAAACUAAUACAUUGAUACAAACGAUAGUAGACGUCCAGCCCCGUUCAGGUGGAGGUGGAGGCGGCGAUACACCGGAUCAAAUAGUUUGGCGUAUCUGUGAUCAAACUCGUGUCACUGUACCGAAUAAAAUAGAUAAGUCACAAAUAAAUCCUGAAUUGAUGAUACCAGAUGACGCAGGCCAACUGCAUUCGCUAACAACAGUUCUAAUUCAUGAAACAGACCGAUUUAACACUCUGUUAGCAUUAAUACAUUCGUCGCUAAAUGAAUUACAAAAAGCAAUUAAGGGAAUCGUCGUUAUGUCUGAAGAUUUUGAAGCAGUAUUCAAUGCUUUUCUAAAUAACAGGGUGCCUGCUAUGUGGCAUAAGAAAGGUUACAAUUCUCUGAAAUCCCUUGGUAGUUGGAUUCACGAUUUAACUUUGAGAGUGGAUUUUAUAGAGAAAUGGCUUAUUGAUGGAAAGCAACCUAGUAGUUGGGUGUCAGGAUUGUUUUUUCCUCAAGGAUUAUUGACUGGUUCACUUCAAUCGUAUGCUCGCCGCUACCGAGUGCCCAUUGAUGCGUUAUUGUUUGAUUUUAUGCCAAUACCUUUCUUACUUUCUCAAGAUGAUGUCUACAAGCAAAAUAAGAAAAAACAUAAGGAAGAUGCUGAAGACGUGUAUGGAGAUUUGGAGUUGCCAGAGGACGGUGUCAAUAUCCACGGCCUCUUCAUUGACGCUGGGCGAUGGGACAUGCAGAACAACUGCUUGGUAGAUGCUUUGCCAGGUCAAAUGAAUCCACCACUGCCAGUUGUAUGGUUCCGGCCAGUGCUCGAACUACCCAAGCCCGACCCACGCUAUGACGCCCCGCUGUACAAAACUUCCGAGCGCGCUGGCACACUUUCCACCACGGGACAUAGUACAAACUUCGUGCUCCCGGUUUUACUUCCUGCGACUGAGCCGGCCUCCUUCUGGAUCAUCCGGGGCACGGCACUCCUUACUCAAAUAACGGAUUAAAUAAAAUGUUCAGUGGAGAGCGAUUUGUGACUUCAAGGAAAAUCUACUAAAUUAUUCGCAUAUUUCUUAGUUAAAUUUAUACUAAAAUCAAUCAAAAUAAAAUGUUUGAUUUCCUGCAA